GGCAAGUUCUGCGGAGGAGAGAUAUCUCUGACGAUUAGAAACUCACAAAGUCUGGAGACUACUGACAUGCCGUUUGAGUACAGAAAGAGACAGUGUGCUAACACCUUGGAUCUGGAUCACGGACAUGGUCAGUACAGGAUCCACACCCAGCCCACAUGUAACGAGGAGAUUUUCAGUGUAUUCAAGGAUAAGAGCAGGCUAUCUGCAUCCGACUUUAAGAACAUUUGGCAACACUACGAUCGAGACAUGAACGGGUAUAUAGAGGCGGAGGAGCUGGAGGCUUUUCUCAGGGACUUGUUCGUAGCUCAGGGUCAGUACAUGUGCAAGCAGGAACUAGAGACCCUCAGAGUAUCAAUAAUCGAGUGCUACGACGAGAACAGAGACGGCAGGAUCGAAGUUUUGGAGAUGACGAAGUUUCUUCCUGUGGAGAACAACUUCCUUUUACAUUUUAGGAUAAAAGGGAGUGGGAAGAUGACUUGCGCGGAGUUUAUUGAGAUAUGGAAGCAUUACGACAAAGACAAAAGUGGUUAUCUCGAGGAGAAAGAGAUCGGACAUUUCCUAUUAGACCUUCUCAGAGUCAACAGGAAUAUAACAAUAUCGGAGGAAGAAAUGAAGAAGAUGGUGGAGGAAGUGAUGAAGAACUUUGACGAGAACAACGAUGGAAUGAUAGAGUUCAACGAGAUGAAGAAUCUGCUAAACGUAGAGGAUAAUGUGUUAACUGAGCUGAGUCUCACCAAGAACCUGUCUACACAGCAGUUUAACACUAUAUUCGAUUACUACGACAACGACAGAAGCAACUUCUUAGAAGGAGAGGAGAUAAAGAGGUUUGUUCUAGAUCUGAUGCAGAGAGCUGGACACCAGCUAUCAGACGACAACAUCGAUUACUGCAUAACGGCGGCUCUAAAGGUUGCAGAUAAAGAUAGCGACGGCCGGAUAAGUAGGGAAGAACUGGCUUCGUUCCUCUACACAGACAACACUGACUACAAGCGGUCACCCAAGUUCAAAAAGAAGAGUCCACGACCAAAGAAGAAGAAAAAGUCACCCGCUUCACCCGGAACUAGUCAAUGCUUGAAGGAUCUUGUUGAGGAGUACGGUAACAAACACUUGGACCCGAAUCAGGAUUCGGAGGAGGGCUAGUGAGGUUCAGCAAGUGAAACUCAGAGAGAUUUGUGUUUAAAGAUCAGAAUAACAGAAGAUGAACGCUGAAGUGACAAUUGAGCGUUAUGAGCAUCAUCGAAUAAACAACGACUGAUAAACUUGAUUAUAGUUUCUGGUAAAGAAUAAGAACGAUGAGUUGCAGAUCGAGAAGUUUUGUAUAUUUUAGCAUGGUUUGACUUUCAUGAGUAGUGUUUUGUACGUAAUGUGAGUUAGAGAACAGUUGUCUGCUGAUAAUACAGUUGUAAAUACUGUUUUUAAUCUCAGCGAUUUAAUUUCUCAAGCUCAAGUAGAAGUUCGACUCAGAGCUUGUGACAUUUUUUAGUAUAAAGUUGAGUACUUGACUAAUUUUAUUAAAACAUUUUACAGUUGACCAUUGACAAUGAAACGACGAUGAAAAGAUACGACACUUAAGUUAAAACUAGAAAUGAAAUGGACCAUUAUCGUUAUGAAAAUAAAUGAAUUGUUUCAAAGAAAUGAAUUGUGUUUGAUAAGUAUAAUAUUUGCUUUUAGAAAUCUCAGAA